GGUCGCAAAUACGAGGCCAACAGCGUUGAGAUCUACUCGGAUAAAGUGGUGAAAUUGGUGUCCGUCUUGAGCUCCAUCGCCCUCUACUCGAGUCCAAUAGUGAUCACAUACCUGUUCCGCAAGGGUUGGCUCACAUCUGCCAACAACUACAUCGUCUUCAACCACUCGUUCAUCAGAAUCGCCACAACUCUGACAUUCGUAUACAUCGGCGCUCUUCUGGCCAGAGGUUUGUGGAUCGGGAGGUCGACUAACAAUGACUACAGAGGUUUCGCGAAGAUCCUGAAGAGCGCCAAACAAAAGUCCGAUUUGUCUCGUCUGAGUCUUUCGCGGUUUGAGUUCGACUUCAACCACUGGCCCAUCGAUUUCCGGUGGUAUGAGUCGAAGCUCACGGACCCCAAGAAGGCGCCCACUCUUGUGUCGUCCGGCAGACCCUCCAAACGAAACACUCUGCUGUCCAUUCCGUGCGACCUCUUGAGUUAUAUCGUUGUCCACACCGUAGGGCGCCGUAUGCUAUACCCGGGAUCGGUGGGUAUUCUUCAGAUGGCGCUCAGCAACGCCUUAGAGGAUGGGAGGACUAAAUUGGUUGAGGAGAACAGUGGCGAGCGGUAUAAGCUGUUGGCCAGGGAUGGCAAUCACAUCGACUGCAUGUUUGUCGACCGGCGAGUGAGGGGUUCGCCAAAAAGCAAGACACUAGUCAUUUGCAGCGAAGGCAACGCCGGUUUCUAUGAGAUCGGCACUAUGAUUACACCGUUAGGGGACGGGUAUUCGGUGUUGGGUUGGAAUCAUCCGGGUUUCGGUGGCAGUACUGGUUUGCCGUACCCUCAAAACGAUAUCAACGCAAUCGAUGUGAUCAUACACUUUGCCGUCGAGAGACUGGGAUUCCCGUUGGACUCAAUCAUACUGUUCGGGUGGUCUAUCGGUGGGUUUCCCACGUCGUGGGCCGCCCAGCAGUACCAGGACGUCAAAGGGCUUGUUUUGGACGCCUCUUUCGAUGACGUGUUGCCAUUGGCUGAGGCGAAGAUGCCUCACGCUAUCAACCCUAUCGUCCGUAACGUAAUCCGCGGUUAUUUCAAUCUAAACAUUUCGGCCAAUUUGAAUCAAUUCAGAGGACCCGUCACUUUCAUCAGACGUCUUAGGGAUGAGAUCAUCAAUACGAACGAUGCGGAACCCUUCCGUACGAAUAGAAGCAAUGAUUUGCUCACAAAACUACUUAAUAAUCGUUUCCCGAAACUGAUGGCUGACGAGAAGGUGAAGAAAGCACUGGUCGAAUGGCUUCUCAGUGACCCCAGUGCUCAGGCCUCAAUUCUCAGCACUUAUGAUGUGAGAGACGACUACUGUUUGACUGAGUUGUUGGCGUUUAUGAAGAAAACCAGUGCUGAGUAUCCGCUUCUCAUUGGUGACGACAUGUCCACUCAGAUUAAGAUUAAAUUAAUCUUAUUCUUAGCAAAGAAACACAUGAAGAACUACGACUCCACUCACUGUACAAACCUUCCGACCCUACUGUUUGAGGAACCGUUUGAUUUGUUUGCUAUCUAUAAAGCAAAACAAAACAGCAGUUUAUAAAUGUAGUAUAUUUUUAAUUGUAAAGUUUGUUUUACUAAAACACAAUUUAUAGUCUUAUACGAACCGACAGC